AAACAAGUGUACCCCUUCUUCCACAAACCUUCAGCUCAGGUAUGCCAUAGAGGUGUAGGUGUCUGUUUCUCUGUUUGUACACAUGUAUACACACACACCACACACAUACAAAUUUAAAUGUUGCAGUUAAAAUUAAAGGUAAGCCAGUGACAGGCUACUGCAGUCACUGGCUUACAUCCAGAUUAAUUUACUCAUAAAAUGAGUACUCUCAUUGAAAUUAAUGGGAUAGGUUUAUUUGUCCUAUUAAUUUAAUUCCACUUAGUGCUCAUUUUCUGAAACCUGUCAGGCUGAGGGGAGCGUUACACAGGUUCAGCAUGUAGCCUACCAAUUGGGAGCAGAGAAGGAAGGUCUUCACCCUUACCUUCUGUAGUGGACACAUCAUUGAGGUUGUGUUGGCAUCAAGCCACUGAUUCUUAGAUGGGGGAAAAACAGUGUGGCAGCAGGAGGGGGGAGUCAGGAGGGCUUCAGGUACUUCUUGGGAGCCCUUCAAGUACUGCUAGAGGUACUACUACCUGGGAACCCUUGGAUUAUUAGAAACCUUAUGCAAAGGUUUUAUUCCCUCUCCAUUGGCUUUCCCUAGUCAGCUUUCCUUGCCCUUUCCAUGCAUAGUCACAGGACACAUGCUUUGUAUUUCUUUUUUUGUUACAGGGAUUCUCUUUCAUAAAGGUUACAAGAUAUUCUCCUAACAGCCAGUCCUAAUAAUGUUCAUUUUUCAGUCCUCCCUUAUCUUUUUAAGUCAGACUACUGUCUUUGUUUUUGUUUUUUAAUGAAUCUUCUUUUCAUUAUUCAGUGUAGAGAUUAGCAACUUCAGCAUUUGUUUCUCUGAAACUCAGUGAAGCUGAAAAACUAUGAUUGACAGACUUAAGAGUUACCUAAGAGGGACUUAACUAGGGAUGUGCGAAUCAAUUUGUGGCUGAAUUGAUUCAACUCGAAUCUGGUCGAUUCAAGUGAUUCAGCCUCAAAUCAAAUCACCCCUGGGGACACUGACCAGAUUCAAAAUCAAAUCAAAUCACCCUAUUCAAGCUUGACUCGAUUCGACAAUUCGAGUCACCAUUUUGUCCCCGCAAUGCCAGCCCUCCAUGCUUCUCCGUUACUCUGGUUGAUUCCAUUGCACUACCGUAUGUUUGGAUGGCGUGCUCCCUUGCUUCUUGGUGUGGAUUCUUGGUUGUGAAAUAACUUCUUCCUAGGAAGAAGUUAUUUCAAACCGAAAAUCCACAACACAUACUAAAGGUAAAGUGUGCUAUCAAGUUGAUUUCUACUCCUGGCGCCUACAGAGCCCUGUGGUUUUCUUUUGGUAGAAUACAGGAGUGGUUUACCAUUGCCUCCUCACACGUAGUAUGAGAUUAUGCCUUUCAGCAUCUUCCUAUAUCGCUGCUGCCCGAUAUACUAACAGCGAGGAUUCGAACCGGCAACUUUCUGCUUGUUCAUCAAGCAUUUCUCCACUGCCCCAUUAGGUGGCUACACAGCACAUACUAAUUCCUAAUAAUUCACCCCUUUGGCCGAUUUCCUUUGUGGGGUUGGGUAGUAGUUGGCACCAUGGGUGCCAACCCACUUUGGUGCCCUCAGUUCUUAAAAAUUAGGCCAACUGAUUUGAGUUUGAAACAAAUCAAAACUGAAUCGACCCCAGAUUCAAGGCAGCAGAUUUGAGCUCAAAUCAAAUCCAGUUGAUUUUAUUCAAACUUGAAUUGAAUCACAAAAAUUGAUUUGUGCGCAACCCUAGACUUAACCAGUAUAACACAUGACCAUAAAGCGUUUGAAAAUAAAGGUAUCUGUUAUUGUAAAUGGCUUAGAAAUCAUGAAUUGCACAUAAAGGAUGUCUUACAUUGCUUUUGAAAAUGUGUUUUAUACAGAUAUAUCAAAACCCCUGCUGGCAAAAAAAAAAAAAAAAUUAGUGGAUACCUGCUGGUUGGUUCCAUUCAAUAGAUGAAAUGUAGCCCCUGCCCCCUCCCCGCAUUACUACUUAGCCAUUACAGUAUUGCACUUUUAGGGGUGUUGUCACAAUGCUGUUAUGACAGUAAAAAGCACACCUGGCAGGAUUUCCUUCUUGGGCAGAGUUGUAGCAAGGUCACCUGUAUUCAAUAAACAAACAUUGGGGAUCCCCCUUUAAGUUUUUUGUGCAAUGGCAUAAGCACUGUGAAGUUUAUUAUUAUUAUUGUUGUUAACAUACUGCCACUCCUCCUGCUCCUCUUCACUCCUGUCACUUGCCUCCUGCCCCAUUGCUCCUCACCCCCCACUGUUGAGUAGCCAUUUCAUGCAGCAGUGAGCGGGUUUCCAUGGCUUCUCUCCAUGCUCGAACAAGAAGAAAAGCCAUAGAAUCCCUUACCGCUGUAUGACUGGCUACAAAAUGGGGGGCGCACAUGUGCCCAGGUCAGGCAUAUAUGUAUCUUCCAUUUCCUAGUUCGCUCAUGCAGCACUGAAGGGUCCUAUGGCUUCUCUCUCUGUUUAAGCAAGGAGGGAAGCCGUAGAACACCCCCCCCACUGUUGCAUGAACCAGCUAUCAGGGCAGGAGGCAGACAGUGGGGGCAAUGUGUGCAAAACACAGCAGCCAGUUUGGUUUCUGGGUCAUCUUGAAGAGACCACAUUACUCCUAUAUUAGUCCUAUAUUAAAAGAACUACACUGGCUACCAUGUGUUUCUGGGCAAAAUACAAAGUGCUGGUUAUAAUGUACAAAGCCCUAAACCAAGCCUGCUCAACUUAGCCCCCCCCCCCCAGCUGUUUUUGGACUACAACUCCCAUAAUCCCCAGCCACAGUGGCCAAUAGCCAGGGAUUAUGAGAGAUGUAGGCCAACAUCUGCAAGAGGGCCAAAGUUGAAAAGCCCUGCCCUAAACAAUUUAGUCCCAGGGUAUUUAAGAAAACAUCUUCUCUAUGAUCCCCACCACCCACUGAGAUCAUCAGGAGAGGUGCAUCUGCAGUUGCCACCAGCUCAUCUGGUGGUUGCUCAGGGAGGGGCCUUCUCUGUUGCUACCCUGAGGCUCUGGAAUGUACUCCCUGCUGAAAUAAGAACCUCCCCAUCUCUGACAGCUUUUAAAAAACACUCUCAAAAUGCAUUUAUUUACCCAAGUUUUUAGAAUUCUGGUUUUAAACUGGUUUUAAUUUCUGUUUUAACUUGUCUUAUGUUUCCUGUAAACCACCCCAGAGACAUGAGUUUGGGAUGGUAUACAAAUAUAAUAAAUAAACAAAAUUGUGUGCUAUAUCAUUAUAGUGGCAUCUGCAUUGGUUUCUAAAUAUAUUGGGAACAUUUUUUUUAAAAUAUUGCCCUGUUGCAGGGGGGCGGGGUGGAGGAGGGGAGAGAGAAUCAUUCUUUCUAAAUAUAACUUAGGGGAGAAAACUUCUAGCUUGAGAAAAUGUUCUGUAAAGGUGCUGCCUGCACGCCUGUAAAGAAGAAUAGAGAAGUUUAAACUCUUGAUAAACUAGUAGUUGUCCUAGAUACUGUGUCAUGCUGUGUGUCAUGUUCAUCAGAGCCUCUCCAUUACACAGCAAGGAGUGUAUAUUCUUGAGCACGAUGGUACACUGGGAGACCUUGCACAUGUUUCCUUGGAGCCAGCAGUAUGCCUAGGGCCCUUGCCCAUUCUAAGCUGGAGGUUUGGGGAAAUGGGACACAGUGCUGGUGCCAAGGAGAGAGCACGUUACAGGCUGUGUGACUAUCGUUUAUUUUCUUUUUCCUUGUUGUUUCUUUGUAAUCCACUUCUGCAUGGGGAUUUAGGUCUCUGGAAAACAUUCAAAGACCCUUUGAACAGCAGGACAAAAUCUCAUAAAGCUUCAGGAGGAUUUGAGUGGUGAAAGAUGCUUCUGUUUCCUGGGACCAAGCUGAUUGGCUCAUAUGCUCCCUUAAAGCCAUUGCUCCCAGUUGAGCACCCAGCUGGUGGAUACAAGAAGCUCUUUGAGACAGUGGAGGAAUUGUCUUCGCCAAUAACUGCCCAUGUCACAGGCAGGAUUCCAGUCUGGCUCAGAGGCAGUCUACUCAGAUGUGGGCCUGGAUUGUUUGAAGUUGGAUCAGAACCAUUUUAUCAUUUGUUUGACGGCCAAGCACUUCUUCACAAGUUUGAUUUUAAGGAGGGGCAUGUCACUUAUUACAGGAGGUUUAUCCGGACUGAUGCCUAUGUAAGAGCAAUGACUGAGAAAAGAGUAGUAAUAACAGAAUUUGGCACGUAUGCUUACCCAGAUCCAUGCAAGAAUAUAUUUUCCAGGUUUUUUUCAUACUUCAAAGGUGUGGAGAUCACAGACAAUGCCCUGGUUAAUGUUUACCCUGUGGGUGAAGAUUUUUAUGCCUGUACUGAGACCAACUUCAUAACAAAAAUUAAUACAGAGAAUUUGGAAACAAUUAAAAAGGUUGAUGUAAGCAAAUAUGUUUCAGUCAAUGGAGUAACAGCACAUCCCCACAUUGAAAAUGAUGGAACAGUUUACAAUAUUGGCAACUGCUUUGGAAAGAAUUUUUCACUUGCCUACAAUAUUGUGCGGAUACCACCCCUGCAAGCAGACAAGAAAGAUCCAAUGACCAAAUGUGAAGUGGUGGUUCAGUUUCCUUGUAGCGACAGAUUCAAACCAUCUUAUGUUCACAGUUUUGGACUGACUCCAAAUUACAUUGUGUUUGUGGAAACCCCAGUGAAGAUUAACUUGCUCAAGUUUCUUUCUUCCUGGAGCCUUUGGGGAGCCAACUACAUGGACUGCUUUGAGUCUAAUGAAAACAUGGGGGUCUGGAUGCAUGUAGCUGACAAGAAAAAAGGAAAGUACCUCGACAUCAAAUACAGGACUUCACCAUUUAACCUCUUCCAUCAUAUCAACACCUAUGAAGAUAAUGGAUUUCUGGUUGUUGAUCUGUGCACAUGGAAGGGGUAUGAGUUUGUUUACAAUUACUUAUAUUUAGCCAAUUUACGGGAGAACUGGGAAGAAGUGAAGAAAAAUGCACAAAAAGCUCCUCAACCUGAAGUUCGGCGAUACGUUCUUCCCCUAAAUAUUGAGAAGGCUGACACAGGCAAAAACUUAAUCACAUUGCCUAAUACAACAGCUACUGCUGUUCUGCACAGUGAUGAAACCAUCUGGCUGGAGCCAGAAGUUAUUUUUUCAGGGCCCCGUCAAGCUUUUGAGUUUCCACAAAUAAACUAUACAAAAUAUUCUGGGAAGCCCUACACAUAUGCAUAUGGCCUCGGACUGAAUCACUUUGUUCCAGACAGGCUUUGUAAGAUGAAUGUUAAAACCAGAGAGACGUGGGUAUGGCAGGAACCAGAUGCAUAUCCCUCUGAACCAAUCUUUGUUUCUCAUCCAGAUGCCUUGGAAGAGGAUGAUGGUGUUGUCCUGAGUAUUGUCAUUAGCCCUGGUAGUGGACCAAAGCCUGCCUACCUUUUGAUCUUGAGUGCAAAGGACAUGAGUGAAGUUGCCAGGGCAGAAGUGGAAAUAAACAUCCCAGUUACUUUCCAUGGCCUGUUCAAAAGGGCAUGAUGUUUUGCCUUCACUACACCUAUUAUUAAAGCCUGCCUUUUAGCGUAACAGAUGCUGCUACAAACUGAACUCAAACACUGUACUCUUCCAAUUAUCAGUUAUUUGUAAAAUUAGUUUAAUAGGACAAAGUACUUCAUACAUUUCCCAAAACAAUUAAAUAUUUGAACACUUCACAAGAAGUGCACAGCCACAGAUUUUCAACAUGCUUUUAUGAACCUCAUGUACUAUAGAUAUAAAUGUUUAUGCAAUUUGUCAGUAUUUAGUCUCAUUCAGUGAUGGAAAUUUAAAUGAAAACAAUUAAUCCAAUUGUACAAAAGGUGAACUGUCAUCUUCAAGACAAAGGUAAACUGUAUAAGAGUUGUGAAAGCUCAUGAAUCUCUUGGUCAUAUUCAAUACAAGAGGCAUACAUUUCAAGUAACCUGCCAAUGGGAUACGCAAAGGAAUAGACACAUGAUUCAGGACUAACAUAUUCACCAUUCUCCAAUAUCAUAAUAGUACUCUUGGCAAUAUUAAAAUAUUAUUUCUAUUUAAGCACCUCA